AUGGGCAUCCUCGACACCCUCGGGCUGCAGAGCAAACCGAAAGCCCAGCCCAGUGGCGGACCCGUGCAAGUGUCGUACACGUCCAACCCCGUCCCCAUACCGGACGACUUCCUCACCACACCCCCCUCCUCCUCACGGCCCGUCUCCUCCCACCCCAUCGACUUUGCCGCCUCGCCGCUCCCGGAGCACGCCGGCCGCGUCGCCAUCGUCCUGCGCGACGUGCUCUCCCCCGGCGAGUGCGCGCAGCUCAUCGCCCUCGCCGAGGCGUCCGUCCCGCGCGACUCCUCCUCCUCCUCAGCAGAGUCGGCCUGGCGGCCCGCGCUCAUCAACAUCGGCAACGGCUACGAGGCCCCCGCGCCGGGCUACCGCGUCAGCGACCGCAUCGUCUGGGACCAGCAGGACCUCGUCGACCGGAUAUGGCGGCGCUGCGCGCAGGCCCCCGGCGUGGAGCAGACGCUCGCGCGCGUGCCCGCCGACUGGCGCGACGGCGACGGCGAGUGGCGCCUCAAGGGCAUGAACCGGCGGAUGCGCUUCCUGCGGUACGGGCCGGGGCAGUACUUCAAGCCGCACUGCGACGGGCCGUACUGGUACUUUGAGGAGGAUAGCGGGCGCGAGGUGCGCACCCACUACACGGUGCAUCUCUACUUGAAUGAUUCGAAAGCCGAGUCACCGACGGGCGAGGGCCAUGUUGGCGGGGCUACGUCGUUCCUCUCGCGCGACGGGACGAAGAGGCUGGACGUGAAUCCCAAGGCGGGGAGCGUGUUAAUCUUCCAGCACGAGGGGCUGCUCCACGAGGGCGCGAUGCUGGACAGCGGCGUCAAGUAUACCGUGAGAAUGGACGUGCUGUAUAGGUGGGAGCCUGAGCAGGAAUCCGGCAACCAGGGAUAG